AUGAGUAAUACCCAAUCGACGUUUAACGCGCUGCCCUCUGGGAAUGAUAGUCAUGAGGUCAGUGCUUCUUCACCAGACCACUGGCUUGCUGAUCAAGGAGAUGAAAUUGGCAAAGGGGUACACGGAGUUAUAUACUCCUUCAAGAGUGACUCGAGUCUGGUUCUGAAGGAGAUUCUGAAUGAUCACGUCUCAACAGCGACCUUUAAAACACUGCUCGAGAGGCUGCGCACGUUUGCUACCCUGAAGCACCCGAACAUAGUCGAUUGUCAGGGCGUUCUUGAAACAGAUAUCUCUGUGUAUCUAAGGAUGAAGCGCUAUGGGACGUCUCUCGAUGCCAUCUGCCGCUCAUACAGACGAAAAAAGCAGACGUUCCCACAAAGGUUGAUAUUUUCAAUCAUACGACAAGUAGCCAUGGGGCUAGCGCAUCUUCACAAGUGGACUGGAAGCGCUGCAAAUGGAGACUCUGUUUCUUCGUUUGUGCACGGAAACUUAAAGCCUACUAACAUAUUAGCAAAUAAGGAUGAGUCCGAUUUCGUCAUAUCAGACGCAGGGAUAUACGGAGGUGAGUUAGAGGACUUUAGUUCCACCCUUGGCUUAGCGCAGAUGUACAUGGCUCCUGAAACGCUCCUCCACGAACAAUACUUUCCUGAGUCCGAUAUUUGGAGCCUAGGGGUCAUCCUCUAUGAGCUAGCGACUGGAACUAAGAUUCCCUUUCUGAAGAGUGACACACCGAAGAACGUUUUUGUGGAGGGUUGGACGCCGGAUUUGAGCGAGGUUAGGGACCCUGUAUUCAAAGCUAUCCUCGAACACAUCUUUACCUUAGAUCCACACGCCCGCCUCACUGCCGACGAGCUUGUGGGUCUUCUCCACGAAAGCAUUCCUCCCAUUUGUGUCACAUAUAUGUUAACAACGAGGCGUUUGGAACGUGACCUGAGAGAAUGCAAGCAACAGAUAGACUCGCUUAGUCGCGAUAACCUGGAACUAAGGACUCAGCUAGCUAACUUAGCAACAACAACAGUACCAGUGCAUCACACAGUUGUUGGCCCAUCUGCUGGGAAGCAAGAAGUCAAAGCGCAACAGGGACAAGGGAAGCCCCUUUUCCCACCUAAACUAAAAUCUACCACACUUACAAAACUAAUGGCUGCCGCACGGAGUAAUAAUGUUGCCGUCGCUAAACCGUUAAUACUUUCCAAGACAGACGUGUGUGCUAAAGAUGAUCUUGGGAUGACGGCUCUUAUGCAUGCUGCACGGACUCAGAGUCUUGACGUGGCAAAGCUGCUUGUAUGCCUUGAACGAGGCAUGCAGGACUAUACCGGGAAGACUGCCUUGAUCCAUGCAGCUAUCGAUGGGCGGCUAACAAUGGUCAAGUACCUACUUGAGCACGAAAAGACAUUGAGUGACGUCCAUGGAAUAACCGCAUUAAUGUAUGCGGUCAUCUAUGGCCACAGAAAACUAGUUACCAUUCUAAAGGACGAGGAGUGCAGAUUACAAGACAAUGAGGGCCAGACUGCGCUGAUGUAUGCAGCAGACAACAAUAACUGUGGCAUCAUCAAUAUCCUAGCCCAGCAUGAAGCUAUGGUGAAGGACAACAACGGGCACACAGCCUUUCUGCAUGCAUUGCUGCGUGGACACAAGGAGGCAGCAACCCUGCUCUUGCAGUAUGAUGAUCCAGUAGACGAUAUUGGCCGCACGGCUCUCAUGCGUGCCGUAGACGAAGACAACCUUGAUCUUCUACCCUUUCUUAUUCCUUUGCAGAAGGGGCUUAGGACUCUGAGCGAAGAGGCUAUAGGCAGUUACUUCGUCACUGGGAGGACUGCACUAAUGGGUGCAAGCAUAUGCAACAAUCUGGAGGCAAUUAGAUUGCUUGUAGAGCACGAAGCGCAAAUUCAAGACUCUAAUGGAUAUACUGCUCUUAUGUUUGCCGCCCAAGCCGCCAAUUAUGAGGCGACGCAGAUACUUCUGCCAUAUGAGCAGGGGAUCAGAAACGCUCAGGGCAAAACGGCGGCUAUUCUCGCAGAGGAAUGCAACUGUCGCGAAAUUAUAAACUUAAUGAAGCCAUACAGGGAGGAGAUUGAUAGUUUAAAAGAUCAUUGA